CAUCGAAUCGUCAUCAGAGCAGACAAAAUGCCGAUGGGGCAGCAUGCCAGACGAUUCAACGCACCAACAAUCGAUGAGGUGGCAAUUGUCAUUGUUGGCGAACAGUUUGAAUCGCGAGAUAUUGUACUGCACCGUAGAAACGAACAACUUCAGCGUGUUUUCGAGCUACACCGUAGUUAUGAUGCAUUACAGUAUCCGAUAUUAUUCUGGAGAGGUGAUGACGGCUAUCACAUCAAUAUGCGAUUGAUAAAUCCAACUACUGGCCAAGAAACAUCGAAAAAACUCAGUGCGAUGAACUUCUAUUCAUGCAGAAUAAUGAUUCGUCCGCAAGAAGACAACUACAUCCUGAAAUGUCGCAAGCUUUUCAAUCAGUAUUUGGUUGACAUGUAUGCGAAGAUCGAGACAGAACGUCUCAACUUUAUUCGAUUCAACCAAGCGAAAUUGCGUUCUGAAGAGUACAUCCAUUUGAGAGAUGCCGUAAUGAAUGAUGCAAAUGUGAAUAGCAUUGGACGUCUAACAAUAUUGCCAGCCACAUACAUCGGCAGUCCGCGCCAUAUGCACGAGUAUGCGCAAGAUGCGAUGUCGUAUGUGCGCCAUUACGGCAGACCGGAUCUGUUCAUAACGUUCACGUGCAAUCCGAAGUGGAAUGACAUCAAAUGCCAUUUGUUCCCCGGUCAAUCAACAACUGAUCGUCACGACUUAACAGCACGUGUAUUCAGGGAAAAGCAAAAAGCAAUGAUGGAUUUAAUUGUGAAACUUCGUGUUUUUGGAGAAGUUAGAUGCUGUAUUCUACUCGAUCGAAUGGCAGAAAAGAGGAUUACCGCAUGCACACAUCUUGAUUUGGUUAGUUCGAAAAAUACGACCAGAUCAGAUUGAUAAAGUCAUCUCAGCGGAAAUUCCAGAUGAAGAAAUCGACCCACAAUUGUUCGACGUUGUAACAAAAAACAUGAUCCACGGCCCUUGCGGCGCUAUUAAUCCAACGGCACCAUGCAUGAUUGACAAUAAGUGUUCAAAGCGCUAUCCUAGAGCUUUAGUUGAUGAUACAAUCACUGGAAAUGACGGAUAUCCAUUAUAUCGGCGUCGAUCCGUCAAGAUGGCGGUAAUUCAACGGUCAUAAAAGUUCGGAAUCAAAACUUUGAUGUUGAUAAUCGUUGGGUCGUGCCGUAUUCACCAUUGUUGUCAAAAAUUUUCGAAGCGCACAUCAAUGUAGAAUAUUGCAACUCUGUCAAAUCGAUCAAAUACAUCUGCAAAUACGUAAAUAAGGGAAGUGAUAUGGCAGUUUCCGGAGUGGCUGAUUAUCAGAGCAUCGAUGAAAUUCAGCAAUACCAAAUGGGCCGUUAUAUAAGCAGCAACGAAGCGGUAUGGCGCAUUUUAUCGUUCCCAAUACACGACUGGCAACCCGUUGUUCUUCAUUUGGUAGUUCAUCUCGAAAAUGGUCAACGCGUUUAUUUCACUGCAGACAAUGUACAACAGAGCGCAGCACGACCACCGGGGACAACACUAACUACCUUUUUCGAGUUGUGUGAAAACGAUGAAUUUGCAAGAACAUUGCUAUAUUCCGAAAUACCACAAUAUUUCACUUGGAAUCCAUCAUCGAAAACAUUUCAACGACGAAAGCAAGGGGAGCGUAUUGACGGUUAUCCAAAUGUCCGUAAAACCGAUGCCAUAGGACGCAUUUACACCAUCCAUCCGAACAACGCAGAAUGUUUCUAUUUGCGUCUGCUAUUAGUCAACGUGCGCGGACCAAGAUCAUUUGAUGAUUUGAAAACUGUUGACGGUCAGUUGUGUGCGACGUAUCGUGAAGCAUGUCAGCGAUUGCAUUUCUUAGAAGAUGAUAUGCAUUGGGACACCGCACUUCAUGACGCAUCACUCACAUCUCAUCCAAAACAAAUACGCGUACUAUUCGCCAUAAUAAUAUCUCCAUGCCUUCCGUCAAAUCCGCAAUAACUGUGGAAUAAGUACAAAGACUGCAUGACCGAGUGGUUAUUAAUUUUGGCGCGUAAUCGAGCAUCGGACGCAGACUUGCAAUAUACAUUACAAAUGUAUAAUGAUGCUUUGAUAUUGGUUGAAGAUCUGUGCCUUACAAUUGCGAAUAAGGCAUUAGCGCAACUUGGCAUAACUGCGCCCAAUCGUUCAGCGAUGGAUGUGCGUGACCAUGAGCUUCAACGUGAACAACAAUACGAUUGCAAUGAAUUGCGUGCUUUCAUACAAGCUAACAUUACCAAAUUGAAUAUUCAGCAGAAAAAUGCUUAUGAUAAGAUUAUACGAGCGGUUGACAAUAACGCCGAUGGAUUCUACUUUCUUGAUGCGCCCGGUGGUACAGGGAAAACGUUUCUGAUCUCUUUGAUUCUUGCUACUAUACGGUCACAGCAGAAAAUUGUGCUGGCAAUUGCUUCGUCAGGCAUCGCUGAUACUCUACUUGAUGGCGACCGAACAGCACAUUCUGCGUUGAAAUUAGCGUUGAACAUCCAAGUCGUUGAAACACCAACGUGCAACAUAUCGAGGAAUUCAACAAUGGCAAAAGUUUUGCGAGGAGUUGGAAUAGUUCUAUGGGAUGAGUGCCCAAUGGCUAACAAAAAGUUAUUAGAAGCAUUCAAUAGAACAAUGCAAGAUUUACGCCAAAAGCAACAACUUUUUGGCGGAGCAUUAGUCUUAUUAUCCGGCGAUUUUCGGCAAACUUUGUCAGUCAUUCCUCGAUCAACUCCUCCCGACGAAAUAAACGUAUGUUUAAAAUCGUCAGUUUUGUGGAGACAUGUUCAAAGGCUGACUCUUACCAUCAACAUGCGAGUCCAACUGCAAAAUGAUCGAUCUGCAGCGGCGUUUUCGAAGCAGUUGUUGGACAUUGGCGAAGGCAAAAUACCAAUCGAUGAUACCGGUUUGAUCACAUUGCCGAACAACUUUUGUACACUUUUACAAUCGAAAGAAGAAUUGAUUGAAAGUGUAUUUCCGAAUAUUGUUCAACACUAUCAACGCCACGAUUAUUUAAGUGAACGCGCAAUAUUGGAACCGAAAAAUGUACACGUCAACGAAAUCAAUUUUUCCAGUCAAGAAAAACUGCCAGGAGAAGCUACAACAUAUAUGUACAUCGAUUGAUAGCGUUUUAAAUCAAGAUGAAGUAGUCAAUUAUCCAACUGAAUUCUUGAAUUCUUUGGA